AUGGAAUACACUGAAGAGGAACCCAGCAAGGUGUUUCUGUACAAACAAGACGCAGAGGAUCUUCCCAGUGAUAUUAUGUCGUUGGUAACAGAUGUCUCGGUGCGAGUCUUUCGCAAGCAGGCAUUGCGAUAUUUCCAUGCCUUGGAAGAGGUAGAAUUUUCGGAAGGGCUCGAGGAGAUUGAAGCUUCCGCUUUCUUCGAUUGUCGAGCUUUGAGAAAGGUCUCCAUUCCAUCUACAGUAAAAUGCACUGGUAAAAGGUCAUUUCACCGGUGCACGAAUCUUGUGGAUGUUCAACUGAAAGAAGGUCUGGUGUCGAUUGAAAAUUCGGCGUUUGGUGUUUGUACGGAACUUGGAACGAUGCGACUUCCUUCGUCCGUGGCCAUCAUUGAACAAUCUGCGUUUGGACAUUGUAGAUCCUUGGUGAGUAUUGAACUUCAAGAAGGGCUUCAAUUCAUCGGCAUCCAAGCCUUUCAAAGCUGUACAUCAUUGAAGGAAAUUGAUAUCCCCUCCACUGUUGUCAAAAUUGAAUGGGGUGCCUUUCGUGACUGUCAUCAGCUGAGUCGUGUUGGGCUCAAGGUUGGGCUACUGGGCCAACUCGAUGCGGAUACCUUUGCCAGGUGCUACCGUCUGCCAUCCAUAUCCUUGCCUUCAAGCAUCGAGAGCAUCGAAUCUAGCUUUUUCAAUUGCAGAUCCUUGGUUGACGUCAGACUCGCGGAAGGACUGAAAACCUGUCUUGACCGGUCCUUUGAAGAUUGCACGGCAUUGAAGGCGGUUAACUUACCAUCUACUCUGGAGGAGAUUGGCAAACGGGCCUUCAGUGGAUGCGUGACGCUAUCUCAAAUCAACCUUCCAAAAGGACUAGUACGGAUCCGGACCAAGGCGUUUUUCGAUUGUUCAUCACUGCCGGCUAUCUCGUUGCCUACUUCGCUGGAAGUAAUCGAAAAGCUUGCGUUCGGGCAUUGCUUUUCCCUACUCGGAGUAGAGUUUCCAAACGGGUCCAAUGUGCAACUACAAGGCGCUGUAUUUUACAAAUGCGCGCGGCUGGUGAAUCUCUCAAUUCCACCUUUGGUGGAACAUGUCGUCACAGCAGAAGAUCUUCUCUUUCUCGGAUGCGAACGGUUGCAAGACUUGGCUGGGGAUCGAAGUCUUCGAGAUCGAUUCAAGGACCUGCCACUCCACCAAGCCUGUUAUUCUUCCUCGACAACAACACUGGAAGACCUUGUCAAGCAGCUGGGCUUAUGCUGUGAUCAAAUAACGAAAGAUGCUUUUGGCAUGACGCCAUUUCAUAUUGUAGCUACCAGCUCCAAUCCAAGGACUGAAAUAUUGGGAGCUCUUUUGGAGAAGUAUUCAGUGGAGGCUUUUUAUCAUAAAGACACGCACGGUACUACCAUGAUGGACUACAUGCUGAUACACCAAUCUCCGAAGAUUGUCCCUUUGAUCAAGAUGGUGCUUCAGAGGACAACACUGCCUGCCAUCUCUGGCUGGGGUUUGGAUAGAUGCAAAUCGAUAAUCUUACAGCAGAUAGAAGACGAUUUUCCUGGAGACAAUGUCCAUGCUCUACAGAAGAUCAGAGAUCAACUGAUAAUAUUUUCAAAGCUCGAGAUGACAUCUCUGUUGGAGCUUUCAUUGUGGAAGAUGAAGAAGAAAUCAAUGAUAACAAGUCCUAAAGAGGUCUCCCGACUCUUAUGUGGCGCCAAUGCCGUCAUGCCACAAGUGAUUGGCUAUCUCUGGGACAGUUCUGUGCCAUAUGAUGAGUUACCAUCAUCCAUGUUCCCAUUCAACAUAUCAGAGUGA